AUGAGAGAAUUUGUGAAGAGAAGUAGAAAGCGAGACGGUUCUGCAAGAAGUUAUAUUUACGAAGCAAGUAUGAUAUUAGAAGGUCGUGGAAAGAAAGAAACAGUGAAUUAUGAGGAAGUGCUUGAAAAAUUCAUGGAGUACAUGGGAAGCAAUAUAACAUACAACAAAGACAUAUACAGUGAGUUUAAGUACUACUGUGAACAGCAUGAGAUUGAAGUAAUGAGUAAAGGAGACUUUGAAACGCUUAUGAAAGACAGUAAGGAGGUCGUUCAUGAGAACAGUGUUGAAAUAGUUCAUGAGAACAGUGAGGAGGUCAUACAUGAAUGCAAUGAUGAAAUAGUUCAUGAGAACAGUGAGGAGGUCAUACAUGAAUGCAAUGAUGAAAUAGUUCAUGAGAACAGUGAGGAGGUCAUACAUGAAUGCAAUGAUGAAAUAGUUCAUGAGAACAGUGAGGAGGUCAUACAUGAGAACAGUGUUGAAAUAGUUCAUGAGAACAGUAAGGAGGUCAUACAUGAAUGCAAUGAUGAAAUAGUUCACGAUGUCGUUCGUGAAGAAGCCAUUGCAACAAAGAAUGAGAUAAAGGAUUUCAUAGAACUUAACAAGGAGGAGUUUAAAGAAGGCUAUGAAGUGAAAAGAUGUGAAGAAGAUUUCUUGGCGUAUUUGAAGAAAAAGAGACUAAAGCCAAUGGCUCAAAAUAAGUUUCAAUCGAUGUUUGAAAAGAAACGUUUGAGCUAUGGUGGUGUAAGAAGCACAUAUUACUUUGUUAAGAAGUGA